CGGUGGAGACCUGCGGGGCUCAGAGCCCCCCCUCCGGGACCCCUGAGCACUUAUCUGUCAUCAUGUUUAUGAGGAGCCCGUCCCUCUGACCCGGGUCCCUCUCUUGGUGCGUCAUUACGCGCAGGUCUUGGAUACUUUACGCGUGGUUCCCUGCAGGAUUAUUGUUCAGAUGGAGCCCUCCCUCCCGGUGCUGCUGGUUCUGCUUCUGUCUCUGCCUGUCUCCACGAGUCAGCACUUCUUCCUGCUGCGGCCCAGCGACCUGAUGCCGGUCCUGGAGCUGCAGGAGGACCCGGACCCGGAGCUGGACCCCCGGGAGAAGGACCUGAACGAGACGGAGCUCCACAGCGCGCUGGGGAGGCACUUCGACCCGGAGAUGAUGUCCCUGUUUCCCCGGGAGGAGGACCAGGAGCAGGGGGUGCUGCCCAAAGAGCUCCAGGACCUGGAUCAGGACCUGGACUGGAAGCAGAAGAAGAAGAAGAAGAAGAAGAAGAAGCUGCGCCGGCGGCUCCAGCUGUGGGCGCGCACCGGCUGCCCGCUCGUGCCCACAUGGACCGACCUGGGCGCGCGCUUCUGGCCCCGGUACGUGCGCGUGGGCAGCUGCCGCCGACAGAGCUCGUGCUCGGUGCCGCGCGGCAUGUUCUGCAGGCCCGCGCGCUCCUCCAGCCUCACGGUGCUGCGGUGGCACUGCGUCACCAGGGGGGCGGGGCUAAGGUGCGCGUGGAUCCCCGUGAACUACCCCGUCAUAUCAGAGUGCAAGUGCGCGUGCCCCACCUGAAGAAAGACUCUGUGCCGAAACCAGACUUUUAUUAUUUUCUAUUUUCUAUGAAGAAGAGAGACUUC